AUGGCGUCGUCUGUCUCACCCUCUAUCGAGACACCAGACCAGCAAGUGCAGAUCUCAGAGGUCUUUGGUAGUCCUGUUCCCGACUUGCAUUUGACCCUCUGGGACUUGUUCCUCAAUGCUGCCACUCUACACCCGCACCAAGACGCAAUUGUCUCUCUGUGGCAGCCAUGCGAUUCCCCGGAAGAUCCCCCCCGUCAAGCCCCGGAUGGCAGUGAUGUCUCAUACCUGAGAUGGUCCUACUCUCAACUCAGAGACAAGGCAGAGCGUCUUGCAGAGUCUCUUCAGACCUUGGGCUGUCUCCCGGGCAUGCGACUGGCCGUUGUACUAUGUAACUCGGCCGAAUGGGGGCUUUUCUUCUGGGUGGCGGCCAAGCUUCAGAUGGCGUUUGUGCCCAUCGAUGCAACCGUUGUCCAAGACUCCAAGGCUACGAUCAUUUCCGUUCGUCCACAUGUGGUUGUGGUACAAGACGCAAAGAGUGCAACAGCCCUAAAUUUCUCCAAGACAUUUCUCUCUGAGCCAAGUCUUUGCAUCUUAUGUACAGGGGAGAAUGUUGAUGGCUGGGUUAAGCUAUGCCGUGUUUCGACUAUUCAACAUCAAGUCGCCUCGGCUUUCAUCUCCAAUGCUACAGACAGCAUUGAAGAGUAUGAAAACGACGAUCAGGCAGCUUUGAUCGUCUUCACCAGCGGUACGACCGGCGAACCAAAAGGAUGCUGGCACACAACCCGCAACCUUGUGUCCCAAUGCUGCGAUUUUGACCCAGAGGUCAACACCAUGGGACCGCUGAGGUGGCUCGUCCACACACCCGUCUCACACAUCUUUGCCAUCAACAACUCCCUCCGCGCAUGGCGCUGGGGUGGCACGGCCGUGUUCCCCUCGAGGACCUUCAACGUCGAUGCGACCCUCGACGCCCUCGUGCGGGAGCAAUGCUCCGUCAUGUCGGCGACGCCCACGUUGGUCAAGGCUCUGAUGGCGCACCCUUCAUUUCCAGCCGUUGAGAAGCUUGAUCUGAGGAUUGUUACCAUUGGUGGGACCUCUAUUGGACCUGAGGAUAUACGUCUAUGUCGUCAGGGGCUGGGUGCCAAGUGUGCCAUUCAAGUGUAUGGUAUGAGUGAAGGAGCUCCUGUUAUUACAUGGCAGAGAACAGACCCUGAUCUAGUUGAUGGAUGGCAUCCAGGAGUUGGAAAAGUUCUGCCUGGUGCUGCUGUGAGGAUUUGUAGGCCUGGAACAAGGGAGAUACUACCUCGAUUGGAGAUUGGAGAGUUGCACAUUGGCGGGACGUCUGUCAUCACAAAGUACUUGGACAGGGAUAAUGACAGCACAAUGUACAGAGAUGAAACGGGGUCCUGGCUGAUGACGGGAGAUCAAGCACGAAUAGAUGAGAAGGGUGUGAUAUAUAUCCUCGGUCGAUAUAAGGACCUCAUCAUUCGAGGAGGAGAAAACAUCUACCCUGCAAAGAUUGAGCAGAAGCUGCAAGAGAUUGAUGGAAUACAGGUCCAGGUCGUUGGAGUACCCGAUGAUCUUGCUGGUCAAGUACCAGUCGCUAUUGUCGUCUUGCCCGAAGGCAUUACCAAAGCUCAAGUGAGCGAAAAGGCCAGAAGCGCAGAUCCAAGAUACGCUCUGGAUGAAGUCUACACUCUUGAGGAACUUGGUCUCAAGGCAUUCCCGAUAACAGCCCUCGGCAAAGUAAAGAAGCAAGAGUUGAAGAAGAGAGUGUUGGACCUCCGCCAGAAAAGUCAAUCACAGCAACCACAGCCCAGUACCAAAGCACCUUCACAAUCAUUUGUCGACAAGCUCCUCGACAUCUGGGACAAAUUGACAGGCACUCGUCCGACCAUCACCGAGAGCGUCAAGUAUCUGGCCGAUAGCAUCACUCUACUCCGCUACUGUGAUAACGUCCUGCGUGCUUGCGGCCAGCGGCUUUACUUGCAAGACUUUGCAGAGAACGACACAGUUGAGAAGCAAGCGCAUCUUCUCCUAUCUCGAGAAAUGCAGCAGCUCCGUCUUGGUAUCACCUCCAACACUCCAACACCAUCCAAACCCCUCAACCAACCCCAUCUCCCCCCAUCCCCAAGACAAGACCAAACUCUCCCCAAAGACACCAAAAUAUUCACCGCAGCCCGAAAGGCUGUCAUCCACGCUGGCCUCUCAGCCUCGGACAUUGAAGACAUCCUCCCCAUCAGAGACUCUUUACAUCGGACGGCCAUUGGGCCGCGCCCGCAGUCCUACCACAGCCGCAUGGUCUUCCGCGUCGUCGGUAACGUUGCGCAGCAGGAACAGAUUCGGCGCGCUGUCGAGAGGGCGCUGGCUUCGCGACCUAUGCUGAGGACCAUUGUGUUCCCUAGUUCCGACGGGGCACCGUUUCACGCUGUGCUUUCACCUAGUGAUGCGCUGUUUGCGGAGAUUGUUCGUGAGGUUGUUGUCAAUACCGAGGAUGAAGCUUGGAGGCGCUUUAAAGACGACACGGCGCAAGGUCAUUCGUCGCCAUUCAUGUUUCAAGGUGAAUUGAUCAAAGUCAAUUCAGGAGAGAUUUAUCUCUGCUUCACCUUUAACCACUCCGUCAUUGAUGCCCUCUCCCUCACCCAAUGGCAUCACGAGCUGGAUCGUUGGAUCCAAGACAUCAACGUCAGCAUUCCUGCUCUUACUCCCUACCGACUCUUUUCAGACCUUUUCAGUCAGUACGAGGAGAGCGAGCCUGCACGAAAGAGUGUCUCAUUUCACGUCAAGCGACUCCGAGGUAUCUCACGCUUCAAUCGCGCCUUGUGGCCUCCCCAAAGAGCACCUGGCAUGAUGAUAUGCAGCGACGAAGGUGGGCCACAUACGAAAGAACGCUCUCGAAUACGCGACAGAAUAUGGUCCGGCAAAUGGGACACGCGCGCUCACGAGUUCCAGUAUCCUCGCUCUGGUCGUGUCAUUGCUCUGCCGGGCCUGGCCAGCAUGAAGGAGAGGCAUGGCAUACAUCCAUCUCUCUUUGCCAAGAGUGCCAUCAUUCUCUUCAAUGUGUUACAAACUGGCUCAUCUCAUGCUUUGCUCAAUAUCUGGGAAAGCGGACGCUCCUGGCCAUUCGUCCCUAGUUGGAUGGAGAAGCUUCUCCCGCCAGCAAUGAGCAUCGACGGCCCAACUGUUCAGUGGAUAUUGAACAUGGCUGAAGUUGUCCACCAUGAGACAAUAUUAGAGUUUCUACAGAGAAUGGACAUGGAGCAAGAACAGAUCAGGGAACAUGAACAUGCUCCUUGGAACAAGGUUGUUCAAGCUCUGAGAGACGAAGGCGAUGCGGCCGUCGAAGCAUCCUUCAGACAGGCAUUUGUCUGGGAUACUGGUAAGCAGACACUCACCACUUACGAACGCUAUUCUCUAACUGACAUAUUCGACAGCGGAUUCUUUUGGAAUGCCUUCAUGAUUGACUCUGUAAACUUAUAUUUCAUUGCUUCGUGGGACACAGCACAGAUGAAUGCCAUCGAGGUUGAUGGGCACUGCGACUCUUUGUCCGAUGUGAUGCGCAAGUUGGCGGAUGAGCGUAAUUGGGAGAAGAGUGUAGGUGAAGUAUUUUCUAUCUGA